AUGGAAAAAUUGUCUAAUGAGAAACUAGAGAAGCAUAGUUUAGCUGAAAACUGCUACUUGUGUAAAAAUAAAUUUACUAUGGAUGAUAAGAAAGUUAUGGAUCAUUGUCAUAUAAGUGGUGAAUACAGAGGAGCGGCACAUAACAGCUGUAAUUUAAAGUGUAAAACUCCUAACUACAUUCCUGUAUUAAUUCAUAAUUUAAGCGGGUACGAUUCACAUUUUAUAGUUAAACAGUUAGGUUGUAGUUAUGAGAGAGUUGAAGUCAUUCCUAGUUCCGAAGAAUGUUAUAUAUCGUUUAGUAAAUAUGUCGGUGCUGUGAAACUAAGAUUUAUCGAUUCUUUUCGUUUUAUGCCUGCAAGCCUGGAAAACUUAGUUUCAAAUCUACCAGAACUACCUGAAACACGUAAAUAUUUUGGAGAAAAUAACAGCAAAUUGUUAUCGAGAAAAGGUGUAUUCCCGUACGAUUAUGUCGAUUGCUGGGAAAAAUUGGAAGAGAAAGAGUUGCCGAAGAAGGAUCAUUUUUAUAACAAGCUGAAUGAGCUGGAUAUUAGUGACGAUGAUUACGAAUAUGCUCGAAAAGUAUGGGAGCACUUUAACAUCAAAAACCUUGGAGAAUAUAGCGACCUAUACCUAGUAACUGAUGUCCUCCUUCUUGCUGACGUAUUUGAGGCGUUGCGUGAUAGCACAAUUGAAAGCCAUUCCGUCGAUCCUGCACAUUACUUUACUAUUCCUGGGUUAACAUGGGACGCUAUGUUAAAAUUUACUGGUAUUGAACUUGAAUUGUUACUAGACUAUGAACAACUUCUGAUGGUUGAGUCCGGUAUUCGAGGAGGAAUUUGUCAAGUGUCGCACAGACACGCAGAAGCAAACAACAAGUACUUGGAAGGGUAUGAUACAAGUAAACCUUCGCAGUAUAUCACGUACGAGGAUGCUAACAACCAGUAUGGGUGGGCGAUGAGCCACUACCUUCCGUAUGGUGGUUUCAAGUGGGUUCCACCUGACUCUAUUAACUUAGAUGAAAUGAGGGAAGAUGAUCCGAUUGGCUAUAUUUUGGAAGUUGACGUCGAAUAUCCUGAUGAACUUCAUGACCUACACAAUGAUUUUCCUUUCCUACCUGAGACCAGAACCCCUCCUGAUUCAUCUUUCAAAAAACUAAUACCCCACUUAGGUGCUCGAAAAUAUUACGUUGUGCAUUAUAUGGCUUUGAAACAGGCCCUCGAUCACGGGUUAAAAUUAACUAAAAUACAUAGGGUUUUAAAAUUUAAUCAGUCACCAUGGUUGAAAAGUUAUGUGGAAUUUAAUAACCAUCUACGGACAAAAGCUAAAAAUGAUUUUGAAAAAGAUUUAUUUAAAUUAUUUAAUAAUGCAAUGUUCGGUAAAACUAUGGAGAGUGUUCGAAAAAGAAUGGAUUUACGCCUAGUUACAAAUUGGAAACAAAUGGAAAAGUUAAUGGCUAAACCAACAUUCCUUGAUCGAACUAUUUAUGGGGAGAAUUUAGUCGCAGUACAUUUAGCUAAAAGAAAAAUUCUUUUUGAUAAACCGAUAUACAUAGGGAUGUGUAUAUUAGACAUAUCUAAAACUUUGAUGUACAGGUAUCAUUAUGAUGUACUUUUACCUCAUUAUGGGCCAGAAAAAAUAAAACUAAUGUAUACCGACACUGAUUCAUUCAUUCAUUUAAUUCAAACCGAUGAUAUAUACAGGGAUAAAUUAAAUUUCAUGGAAUAUCUUGACACAUCAGAAUAUCCUAGCGACCAUCCAUGCUACUCUAAUAUAAAUAAAAAGGUUCUUGGGAAAUUCAAAGAUGAGGCUAUUAUAGCAUUUGCAGGUUUACGUGCAAAGAUGUAUUCAAUUAAAAUAUCUGAAAAAGAAGUAAUUAAAAAAGCUAAGGGGGUUAAAAAAUGCUCGUUAAGAAAGCAUAUAGAAUUUAAAGAUUAUGUGGACUGUAUUAAUUCAGGGAAUCCUAGAAUAUUACCCAUGAACUUAAUCAUGUCAAAAGAUCACAAUGUAUGUACGUAUAAAGUUAAUAAGCUCUCUUUAUCCCCAUUUGAUGAUAAAAG